AUGCAGCGACCAGCGACGCGCGCCACCCGACACCUGGCGGCGGUACCAGACCUCGAGGAGGUUGAGGCGGCGACGAAAGGCCUGGGGAACUGGAAGGCGGUUGGUCCCGACCUCCUUGCCGCCGAACUGCUCAAGGUCGACGGCGACGACGAGCCAGUUGUACUGGAGCGCCUCCGUGCCAUCUUCGUCGAAGUGUGGAAUGGGGGAGAGAUGCCGCAGGAGUGGAAGGAUGCCAUCAUUAAGGUGCUGUACAAGAAGGGUGACCGUUCGAACUGCAACAACUACAGGGGCAUCUCGCUGCUCUCGCAUGUAGGCAAAGUACUCGCCAAGACCAUCACCAACCGCCUGAGCGCAUUCUGCGAAGCCAACGAAAUCCUCCCGGAGGAACAGUGCGGGUUCCGGCCUGGCCGAUCCACGGUAUGCAUGCUGUUCGUUGUGCGCCGACUCCAGGAGCUGGGGCGGAGGAGGAGAAUCCCGCUCUACAUGUGCUUCAUCGAUCUGCAGAAGGCAUAUGACUCGGUGGACCGGGAGCUACUGUGGAAGGUGCUGGCCCGGGCCGGGAUCCCCGGGGAGAUGAUCGCCGUCAUCCGCAAGUUCCACGUCGGAAUGCGGGCCCGGGUCCGCACGGACGAUGGGGAGCUAUCGGACUGGUUCCCGGUCACGCAGGGAUUACGACAAGGGUGCUCAAUGUCCCCACUGCUGUUCAACGUCUUCUUCGCAGCGCCUCUCGAGAUCAUUGUCACACGGUUCAGCCAAGAUGAGGUUAUCGUGCGGGACCUAGUGUACUUGAAGGAGGAGGAACGGAGGGGGGGGGGAUUGCUGGACCGAGUCCGGAGGGCGGUGUGGGGGAUGCUAUAUGCCGACGAUGCCGGCGUUGUGUCGAAGUCCGCCGACGGCCUGGCGAGGAUGAUGACCAUUAUCGUGGAGGUGUUCCGGGAGUUCGGGCUGACGGUGUCGGAGAGGAAGACGGAGACCCUGGUGAUGCGGGUGAAGGAGAGACAGCGACCGCCGCCGCCGCCACCGCCGGUGCUGACCAUCGAAGCAGCGGGGCAAAGGUACGCACAGACGACCGAGUUCCGAUACCUGGGCGGCCUCGUCAACGAGCAGGGCGACCUUACCCGAGAGAUCAACCACAGGAGCAAAGCAGCGUGGGCGUGCAUUAAGCGAUACGCCACGGAGCUCUUCGACCGACCGGGAGCACCGUUUCGCCUCAAAGCCCGCCUGCUCCAGGCGGAGGCAGUGGAGGCACUGCUAUACGGCUGCAUGACAUGGUCCCCACGCCGCAACCACUACGGAAUGCUGCAGACGACACACCACCGGCUACUCCUGCGAGUCAUCGGCUACCGGCGCAAACGAGGCACCUACCGGCAGCUGUCAUACGCCCAGGCGCUAAAGAGGGUCGGCUGCCAGAGCGUGGAGGCCACUGUCCGUCAACGGCGCCUGCUCUUUGCGGGGGCCGUGGCAAGACAGCCGGACGGGCGGCUUCCGAAACGGCUGAUGUUCGGCGAGUUGGUGGGAGGGGAGGACCCGGGCCAGGGAAACCCGGAGCAGAACUGGCUGACAUGCCUGAAGGACGACAUGAAGAUGUUCGAAGCCAGGUACGGCUCCACGACCGACAAGCCGAGCGUCUUCGGAGUCCCGAAGUUAGUCUGGAGUGAGGCGGCGAAGGUGGAGGGGGGGGUACCGUGGCACGCGGGGGUGCUACAGGGAGCUGAGAGGUUCAUGGCCUCUUGGCACAAGGGCAAGGAGGAGGCCAGCCGACAACGAGCCAUCAAACGAGGAGACAGCGGGCCCAAAAAUAGUCUAGAUACGGCACCAAUCAACGGGGCGGUAGGGGGGCGGAAGGAAACGGCGCGGCGGGAAGAAAGCAAGCGAGAAGAGACCGACCGCGUGACGUGA